AUGUGUCCCAACAAAAAGGACGCGAGGCCGUCUUCAAAUCGGCCAGCUAUUCUUGCUCCUCUCCGUCCCCGUGAAUCGACAGACUCACCAGCGGCUCCAUCACCUGUAGUUACCGAGACAGCCUCCACUGCAAAAGAAGACGGCGAGCAAGAUCUCGGAUCUCAUCUCCUGAAUUGCAAUGACAAAUCAUGGGUCGAGCUUGGCCAUCGAACUCGCUCACACUUCAUUGGGUCUGAACUUUCUAACUGUCACUAUCUUGUUCGGCAGAGCUCUUCCGAGAUAGGCAUUGACAAAGUGUUUCACUUCAGCAAUGGCCAGUUGGAUUCCUCAGAGAAUUGGUAUGAAGCACAUAACAUUCCAGAUGAGAUUCUUAUACGGCCAGAUAAGUUGCUUGAAACCAGGCUUAUCAGAGUGUAUUUUGAUCUCGUCAAUCGUGGAUGGCCAAUAGUGGACGAGGAGUUAUUCAUGUCACAAUAUGAGGGUCAGGAUAGGAUGAAUCCGCUGUGCCUGACGCUUCUCAACGCUAUAUUACUCGUGGGAGCUCACGCCCUGUCAUCUCAAGAUGAGAGCAUGCUUCCUCUGCUUCCUGCGUUCUUCCGAAGAGCGAAGUAUCUCGUAUUGAGUGAUUCAUGGCACGAUAGGCUUGUUUAUAUCCAAGUACCGCUCUUGCUGACAUGGUAUUCUGACGCCAACGCUUGGCAUUGGAUUGGGAUUGCUACCAGAACAGCAAUGGCUAUGGGACUCCAUCGCGAUGCUAGUCACUCAACGAUGCCACCAGUCUACAAACGCAAGUAUGUUCGACUCUGGUGGGUUCUCUUCCAGUUCGACACAAUUUCAGCGACCUCAGCAGGUCGGCCUCAAGUCAUAAACCUGUGGGAUUCUGAUGUACCAGAAUUACAGCAUGCUGACCUUGAAGGCAUUCCUGGAGCAGAAUUCGACUUUAUAAUCCAACACAUCAAGCUGUGCAAGGUCAUCUCACAAACUAUAAGAGAUGGUUGGUCACCUCGAGCUUCCAUGGAGGCACGAGUUGAGGCUAUUAAGAGAGCAGAUGAAUCUCUGGGGCAUCUCAUGCUUGAGCUUCCACCGAGGCUGCAACUGAAACUUUCCGGUCUUGAUAUCUGGCAGUCUCUAUUUCACCUGACUCAUCACAACUUCAUUCUGUUGAUCCACCGCCCAGCACCAAAUCCCGGCACAAAGGAUCAAUCUCCAGAGGCGAACGAUGAUGCUAUCCUUUGCAGGGAAGCAACAGUAGCGAUUGCAUCUGUUUUCGAAGUCUUACUCAGCAAAAGGAUGAUCUCUUCAUUAUGGCUAUACAGCAACCAUGUUCUGUUCACUGCAACUAUCUACAUCCUGAAUCAGAUCAGCACUAGCAAACCACUGUUGGCUGCCAAGUCUCGGCAUAUACUGGACACGUUUCUUGCGACGUUGCGGGAGCUAGCAAAGUAUUGGACUUACGCGAAAGGGCUACUGCAGGUCCUUGAACAGAGGGCUUCCAAGAUCAGGGAUGAGAGAGCUGAUAAGCCGUCGACAAGAAUUCAAUACACUGCAACAUCUGGGCAGCAUGGUCGCCAACCCAUUGACCCUCAUAUUAACUUGCCAGAUGGAGCAUCACCAUUUGAGCAGCAAAGAGAGGAUUCAUCGGCGUGGAGUAAUCAGGAAGGUCAAACACCGAAUGCAGGCUUGGCUGACCUUAGUUCAAACCCUCAUGCCACAGCUGCUGACUUUUAUCCAAGCACAGGCUUUCUAGGGUCCAGCCAAGACCCUUUAUUAGAUGACUUAUUUAUGAUAGACACUUCUGCGCUUGAUCUUUUCUUCUACGAAAACACUCAAUAG